UCAAGGAAGCGCGGCGGGCGGCUGGGCGCGGUGUGUGUCAGGCGGUUCCACCAUGUCGAAGGUGUCCUUUAAAAUCACGUUGACGUCGGACCCGCGGCUGCCGUACAAAGUUCUCAGUGUUCCUGAAAGUACACCGUUCACAGCAGUGCUGAAGUUUGCAGCAGAAGAAUUUAAAGUUCCUGCAGCUACAAGUGCAAUUAUUACUAAUGAUGGAAUAGGAAUAAAUCCUGCACAGACUGCUGGGAAUGUUUUUCUGAAGCACGGCUCAGAGCUGCGAAUCAUUCCUAGAGACCGAGUUGGAAGCUGCUAAUAUAUACUUGUUGGAACACACAGCCUUUCAGAAUAAAUACUGGUAUUUGUUGUUGCUGCACAAUUGAAAUCAGGCAUUCGCAAUACACUGAAAACACCAAGAGCCAACAGAACAGGGAAUGUGGGCGCUUGUCCCUUCCUGUUCAUUUUGUUCAUGGAAAGAGAGAAUGCCUUUGAGUGGAGGGUACGACACCACAGGUCACACUGUGGUGACUGCUGCCUCAUCAGGAGAAGAGAGUACCUCUGUGUCAAAUGGACCAAGCUUUAAAACAAAAGCAGCAAAACGGGAGGAUGAGUCCUAACUCUUCAGGAGCAUUUGGAAAUUAAAAUUCACAGAAUUGGAUGUAGUUUUUAAUUUUGAAAUUUAAAAGGAUAAUUGAUCAUAGAGGUAUUUGGCUUGACAGCAUCUCCUAGUUAGAUUUUUAAAUUAUAUAAUUUGUGAUGAACUUAUAGGUAUUUGAAUGAACAGUUAAAUUUAUACAAAACCAAAUGUUGUAGGAUCUAACCAUUAUAAGUUGUUAUUGUAUGUCAAAUAGCUUUGAUAGUAGAGAUCAUAUGAAAUCCAGUAUGUCAUGGUGGGAACUGACAGUACCAUAGAAGUAUCCUUAGCUAUAUUAUGAAUUCCUCGAUAAAUAAUAAAUCUUUAGGACAGAAAUCCUUAAACCAGUCUUUUUGAGGAUUCUGUUUUUGAGCAGCGUCCAAAAGUAUUGUUUCAGAGAUGACCUGAAGCAUUGAUGGGUGUCCUUAAUGAAGAGGGAACUUUAAAGAAGCUGUUACUAUUAGUCACAGGUGGAUAAAGAACCAGGGAAGCAAAGAUAGCCAGGCGCUUCCCAGAAGAACAGAGGAAGUGAGGAGGAACCGGAGGCUGGCAGUGUCCAAAGGCAGAGGUCAGAGAACAAAGCUGCAGCAGGGGUGGAAAAGUGUGGAAGGGAGGAGAGUACUGGGCACAGGGUCAGGAAGUAUCUGCAUGGGCAUCAAAACUCAAUGUAGCAAUCUAUAAGAUUUACAUAAGGCUUCCGAGCUGGGACCCUGUGCCCAGUGCCCUUCUCCCUCAGAAUGAAGGAGAUUACCAACUCCCUGGAGUCAUCCUCUAACCUUAGCAGACACCCAGAUGUGAGCCAGUCCCCUCCUACAAUAACCAUUUGCUUUUACACAGAAAGUCCAUGUCUGGCACAUGUUUCAGGAUGAAUUGAGUGCUGAUACUGACAGAGUGAGAGCCAGGCAGCUCUGCUUUAGUGGGUGAGCUCUUUGGAGGUAAGGGGUCUGUCACAUGCUCCUUAGAGCUAGAGAUACAAGUUCUCAAUAAAUAUUUACUGAAUUCAUAAAUAAUGUCUUCAGGACUAGUUUUUAUCUUGUGUCUCAUAGUCCCUAUUAUAGGGCCUUAGUUGAUUUGGAGAUGGGGCGCUUGUAAGAUAGUUAAGGGUUGGCAUCCGAAGGGCUAUCUUAGUAGAUAAAGGAAUUGUCAUUGUCCACAGGUUUGCGGAGCACGUUCUGGGGUUCAGAAUUAUGUAGCAAUACGCACCUCAUGUUUGCUGGGUUUUUAUGUUUAUGUCUAGUGCCCAGAGACUUUAUUCCAUAUAAUAUUAGGUUUUGGUUAACCAGACAUUUAAAAAUAUUUGCUACCUAAUUUUGCUUACUAUUAAAUUUCUUCCAUCCUGCCUUUACACAAAAUUCUGCUUGUUAGUAAUGUUUAUACAGUCCUACAAUAUGAAAUGAUUUACCUAAUCAUUUGAAAAUACAUAAUCUUGAAAAUAUUUUACUCAAAAACUAGAUAAUUUGUUAUUAAAUAAAACCAAUCUAUAAGUUCUUUGUGGAGAACGUUUUAGGCAUGAUAUUUAAUUUAAAUGUCUAUAGUACCUUAGGAAAAUACAUUUUGUUAACACUGUAAAUCAUGGCUACCUUUAUUUUACUAUAAGACAUACUAGCCAGCAUACCUAUUGAGCCAGAUUAUUAAUACUAUUUUUAUAAAUGCAGAGAUAAAAGUCAUGAAAAAGAAAUGUAUAUUUCUAAAUGUCAAUCCUUUAUAUGGAAGAGGAGAACCUUUGGUGGUCUUUGCCCCAGGUGGUGUCCAGAAUGAAGUUGAGAAAUUAGAACUACUGACUUCUGAAGUCAUCCCCCAGGUUCUCGCUCAUGCAUGAGGACCUCGGUAAGCAGGUCUGGGGGCUGCAUGUGCUGCUUGAGUGCUAGCACCAUGACAGCCUUUCCACCUUUGAGAGCAGGAUUGCAGCAGGUGAAGAUCAAAGUACCCUGGAAUCUUGGGCAUUCCACAAAGAUAAAAGAUACUGACAUUUGGUCACUUGUGGGAAACUCUACAAUCCAAGUCAGUGGGUUUUGGAUGCUUUAAUUCUUAGGUUUGGUUGCUAUUUGAAGAAGAUGUAUAUAAAUAAGUCCAAAGCAGUUGGCGCAGCCAAUAAAGGUGUUCCCUUACAAUAACCUGAGUUCUUGUAACCUGUCCCUGGGACCUGCAUGGUGGAAGGAGAGAAGUGACCUCCACAUUCACACUGUGACACAUACACAUUUAUAUACACACACAAAUGUAAGAACAUUUGAAGCUACUAUAUGUCUUUGCCCGAGAGACAUUUGGGCAAACAUUUGUAGAUUGGAAGAGACAUUUGGGUAAACAUUUGUAGAUUGGAAGCAACGAUACACUGUAAAGGAGCAAUUCUAGGUUCUUACUGUACUCAAGGCUAUUUAUAAAGCUCGGUAAAAUUCUGUGCAUAGUUGUCUACAAUCUGUUAAACUAGGGCUGUACAGAUGGCUCAGUGGUUAAGAGUGCCUCCUGGUCUUGCAGAGAACAAGGCUUUGUCCCCAAAACCCACAUCUGUAACAUCUGCUCACACCCAUCUGUAACUCCAGUUCCAUGAGAUCCAUUACCCUCUUCUGGCCUCUGUCCACACACUUGCAAACAACACUUAUGCACACAUAAAUUUUGAAAAAAAAAAAUUGUAAACAUCAGCUGAACUGUAAGUGUGAAGAAUAGUAUAACAUAACUUGGUGAAUGGAUGCUAGGUUUUCACUCACUGGAAAGAUUAGUAAGAACGUGCCUUGGCUUUUGAGCCAGGCUUUGCCUUUGAGGCUCCAUAUAAUCUUGAGAAAUCUUUGUGUCUACUUUCUGCAAAGUACUAGUUUGUAUUGAAUUAUACAUUUAAAAAAAAUGAAGCAAGUUCCUCAGCAUUCUGGAAAUGUAUAGUAAUAAAUGGAAACCCUUUGAAUACAUAGUGUAGUACGGAUGGAAUGUAUAGAGUCUGGAGGCCCCAGCGGUAGGACUGCAAGACAAGGGGAGCCUGGGCUGUGCAGCAAGACUGCCUCUAAACACAAAGUGCAAGAACAGUGGCAGUACCUGUCUGGAUUUUUACUAACCUAGGCUCUGCUCACUCAGAAUCUACCAUCUGUACAAGAGGCCUUCCUGGACUGGUGUUUGUGCAUGGACAGCCAUGACUGCUAUCGUCAUGGUUUAAUUCUGCAGCCGUACCUAGCAUCAGAGGUUCUUUAGCCCUCUGGUGUGCCGUAUAUGGUCUUAUACAUCCCUAACUUCACUUCCCUAUCUGAGUCCAGGAAACCCAUGUCCUGAGAAUGAGAAGCCUCUGCUUCCAAGCCAAAUUAGGACUUUUUAGUCAUCUCUCUCUUUUUGCAGAGCAGUUAUUAAACAUAGAAUUGUUUGUCUCAAACUAUGAGUUUUAUAACUCCAAUAUCAACGGUUUGGAUAAGAAUGGCCCCCACAGGCUCAGAUAGUCAAAUGCUUAGUCACCAGGCACUAUUUAAGAAGGACAAGGAGGUAUGACCUUGUGGUCAUCAGGGUUGUGCUGUGAGGCCAGGCCUAGCCUCUCUCCACUUCCUCAUGCUCUCACCCUUUCACUCUCCUGCCUGUGGGUCAGGGUGUAGCUCUCAACUACUCAACAGCACCUUGCCUCUGCAUGCCACUGUGUUUGCCACCGUGUUUUCCACCGUGAUGAUGGACCAAACCUUUAAAACUGUAAGCAACCCCUAAUUAAAUGCUUUCUCCUUUAAGAGUUGGUUUAGUCAUGGUGUCAGUUCACAGCAAUAGAACAGUGACUAAGACAAAUAUGGCCAAAACUGGGUUUCAGAAUUUAACUGCCGAUCACAACUACUUUGUAAAGCAAAGAAACAGAUGAAAACUUUGAAAAUUGCAACUAUAUGUGCUUCAUCAACAGUAUUUGACUAGGGUGUCCAUAGUCCCCACACUUAACAGCUACUUGCCUUGAAAAUGUUAUUGUCUGCAUUCUCCAUUUCAGUGACAAUAUUCAUUUAUGUAACAGUCAUUUGAAAAGGUUUGUGGCCUCGUCUGAUUUUUCUUGCAGAGAGUUAUGAUUUUGUUGUUGAAUACAAAAUAACAGACAAGGUUGACAGACAAAUGGAGAGCCAGUUUGGAGCAUAAAUCUCUGGUUCUCUGGCAAAACUCAUUUGAAAUGUAAAAGCUGUUACUGAGAGCAUAUCGUGAUGAUACAUCAUGUCAAUAUUUGUUUGGCUGCCUAGCAGGUUUAAUAAAUCAAUUCUUAAAUAUA